AUGCCUCUGCCUACAUCGUCUAUCUAUGAGCCUCCGUCGGCUGGCUUCACUGGCUUUCCUUCACGGAGAAGUGUUGUUCACAGUACGGAGGGUAUGGUAGCUGCUCCUCAACCUCAUGCGGCAAAAUGUGGUCUUGAAGUUCUCCGGGCUGGAGGCAAUGCUGCUGACGCGGCUGUUGCAGUUGCCGCUGGCCUCAACGUGACAGAACCCGUCUCCACCGGCAUCGGAGGUGACAUGUUCCUCCUCUACUUCGACGCCGCCACCAAGCAAGUCAAAAGCCUCAAUGGCUCUGGUCGUUCGGGUGCCAAACAAACUCUUGAGACCAUCCGCAAGAGUCUCAAGAUCCCCGAUGACAAAGUCGGCGAGAUUCCAACACACCACGUACACGCUGCAACAGUUCCCGGCGCUGCAGCCGGUUGGGUCGAUACCGUCGAGAGGUUCGGUAGUGGAAAGCUUAGUUUGAGUCAAAUUCUUGAGCCUGCGAUCAAACUGGCUGAGAAUGGAUUCCCUCUUACUGAGAUUGCCUCUCACUCAUGGCAAGCUCAAGAAAAGCUCCUGCGCAAUGCCUCUCCCAACUAUGCAGAGAUGCUCAAGAAGGACCCCUCUGCAAAAGACGGCGUGAGAGCGCCUCGCCCUGGUGAAGUAUUCAGGAACUCGACUCUGGCAGAGACCUUCAGAACGUUGGCCACAGAGGGUAAAAAGGGAUUUUACACCGGGCGCAUCGCCGAAGAGAUAGUCAAGGUCGUAAAAGACCUCGGAGGAUACCUGGAACUUGACGAUUUGAAGCACCAUCUUGAAACCGGCACUCAAAACACAGAUCCUAUUUCUGUCAAGUUUCGAGGACAGGGCCUUACGAGCCAGGAUCCCAAUGGCGGUGUUGAACUGUGGGAGCACCCGCCUAACGGACAGGGAAUUGUUGCGUUGAUGGCACUCGGUAUUAUCGAACAGCUUGAGAAGCAAGGCAAGAUCCCCACCUUCAAGCCCGAGGACCACAACUCAACGGUGUAUCUCCAUGCCAUUAUCGAAGCUCUCCGCCUCGGCUUCACAGACGCGAGUUGGUAUGUCACCGACCCAGAUACCACCAAAGUCCCGACCUAUGGCUUGAUCUCACCCGAGUACCUUGCCGAGCGUGCCAAGAUCUUUGACGCUUCGAAAGCCCACGAUAGUGUCCAGCCUGGAAACCCUAAUUUUGUUUCCCCAGCUCUGCGGAGCAGUGAUACUGUGUAUUUCACCGUCACCGAUGCGGCAGGUAACGCUGCUUCUUUUAUCAACUCGAACUAUGCUGGUUUUGGAACAGCCAUUGUUCCAAAGGGCUGUGGUUUCACGCUUCAGAACCGCGGUGCCAACUUUUCGCUCGAUGAGAAGCAUCCCAAUAAGCUUGAGCCGCGCAAGAGACCGUACCACACUAUCAUCCCAGGCAUGGCAACCAACAUCAGCGAUGGCUCUCUCCACUCUGCAUUUGGUGUCAUGGGUGGGUACAAUCAGCCCCAGGGGACUGUACAGGUUCUAUUGAACCAGGUGCUCUUUGGUCUUAACCCCCAACAGGCUCUUGAUGCGCCUCGGAUCUGUAUCGGUGCUGGUAUGCCGGACGAGGGUAAUGUGUUGGAUUGGACGGUCCAUGUAGAGGAAGGCAUUCCUGACCAAACUGUUGAGGAGCUGAGAAAGCUCGGGCAUAAUGUCGUCGUUCUGGAGGAUUGGAAGAGAGCUAUGUUUGGCCGUGGACAGAUCAUCAGAUACACUGUUGACCCCGACGGAACACCUGUAUGGUCUGCAGGCAGCGAUCCUAGGGCCGACGGUGCGGCAUACCCUCAGUAG